GGGUACUGGUAACGUGGUUUCCUCAGGGGACUGGUAGCUUGUGGCAUCCUCAGGGUACAAGCGGCUUGUGGCAUCCUCAGGGUACAAGCAGCUUGUGGCGUCCUCAGGGUACAGGCGGUUUGUGGCGUCCUCAGGGUACAAGCGGUUUGUGGCAUCCUCAGGGUACAAGCGGCUUGUGGCGUCCUCAGGGUACAAGCGGCUUGUGGCGUCCUCAGGGUAUAGGCGGCUUGUGGCGUCUUCAGGGUACAAGCGGCUUGUGGCGUCCUCAGGGUACAAGCAGCUUGUGGCGUCCUCAGGGUACAAGCGGCUUGUGGCAUCCUCAGGGUACAAGUAGCUUGUGGCGUCCUCAGGGUACAGGCGGCUUGUGGCGUCCUCAGGGUACAAGCAGCUUGUGGCAUCCUCAGGGUACAAGCGGCUUGUGGCGUCCUCAGGGUACAAGCGGGUUGUGGCAUCCUCAGGGUAAAAGCGGCUUGUGGCGUCUUCAGGGUACAAACAGCUUGUGGUGUCCUCAGGGUACAAGCAGCUUGUGGUGUCCUCAGGGUAAAAGCGGCUUGUGGCAUCCUCAGGGUAAAAACGGCUUGUGGCGUCCUCAGGGUACAAGCAGCUUGUGGUGUCCUCAGGGUACAAGCAACAUGAAGAGUCUGUGGUCUUUCCUGUGGACGAGGUCAUCAGUGCGACAUGACAGGUGGCGGCGGUCACUGUGGACACAGGUGCCUAGCAUGCCGGCCUGCGAGUACCUAUGUCCUACUUAUAAAGGCCCUGAUUAUGAUGAGGUGGUGAAGUUGAAGGGAACGUUUCUGAACCCUGUCCUGGUGACCCACUUCUCUCAGCCUCUCCUUAUACACGAUGGACACAUGCAAUGGCUCUUUGAUCACACUGGUAAAAGGUAUCUCGAUCUUUUUGGAGGAAUCGUGACUGUCAGCGUCGGCCACUGUCACCCAAAGGUGUUAGCUGCAGCCACAGAACAGCUAAAUAAACUCUGGCACACCACUAAUAUCUACCUGCACCCAAAGAUUCACGAGUAUGCUCAACGACUUGCUGAGAAACUUCCUGCAGACCUUAAUGUUGUUUAUUUUGUCAAUAGUGGAUCUGAAGCCAAUGACCUGGCCAUGAUGAUGGCCAGGCUAUACACGGGGAAUUUUGACAUAAUAUCGCUAAGAAACAGCUAUCACGGUGCCUCGCCCUAUACUGCUGGACUCACGGCUCAAGGCACCUGGAAAUACAACUUUGCUAAUGGAUUUGGGAUUCACAAUGUAAGUCUACAAUGUUGCCUUGCAAGGCUGGAGGUGUACAUGUAUGGUACAAUAUACCGGCGAAAUGAAAACUUUCAACAUAUGCCACACUGGGUAUCUUAA